CCGCGGAGGCUUGUGGGUCUUUCUCGUGUUACCUUUGGGGCAGCAUGGGUAAGUGCCGUGGGCUUCGUACCGCCAGGAAGCUGCGCAGUCACCGACGAGACCAGAAGUGGCAUGACAAGCAGUACAAGAAGGCCCACCUGGGCACUGCUCUGAAGGCCAACCCCUUUGGGGGAGCUUCCCAUGCCAAAGGAAUUGUCCUGGAAAAAGUUGGUGUGGAGGCCAAGCAGCCGAAUUCAGCCAUCAGAAAAUGUGUCAGAGUCCAGCUCAUCAAAAAUGGCAAGAAAAUAACAGCUUUUGUUCCUAAUGAUGGUUGUUUGAACUUCAUUGAGGAGAAUGAUGAAGUCCUGGUAGCUGGCUUUGGUCGGAAGGGUCACGCUGUAGGUGACAUCCCAGGAGUUCGCUUCAAAGUUGUCAAAGUAGCCAAUGUUUCUCUGUUAGCUUUGUACAAAGGCAAGAAAGAGAGACCAAGAUCGUAAUUUGUGUGAUGCUACUUAGGUCUCUAGUAAAUACCUUCAUCUAACAAAGGAUUUCUAUGGACUGUUGUAUAACUGUGCAGUUUUUUAUAACAUGGAGGAAUUAUCCUGUAAAGAACUGAUUAUCUUUAGCCAAUUGGGUUAUAUGAAUCUUCUGAAUGGACUCUCAGAUCCUGAUCGCAAACAUGUUUAGUCUCAAGUAGCCCCAGUGAAUUCACUGAAUCUUACUGACUAGUACAUACAUACAGCACUGCAGUCUUAACAGUGCAAUCCUGUGCAGAGUUAGUACUGUCUAGGCCCAUUGGAAUCAGUGAGUUUAUACUAGGGUAACUUUCUAUAAGAUUGUAUAGUAAAUUGCAAAAGACUGUGUCUUAACCAAAGAAAUUAAACUGCUACUUUAAAUCUCAAAAUCUUAAUGAGCUUUAAAGAAAUAUUGAACUGGAGUAUGUUGAAAAGACACAGCACCUUAUCCAUUUCUUUAAUCGUAUAACGGAAAGGGUGGAAGUAUUUCUGUCAGUGGGAAUACUCUGGAAAAUUUAAGCCAAUAUAUUUGUUCACGUGUGAGCCUUGCAGUGAUCUUAGAGGCUUGGUGUGAUGUAUUCCCAUUGAUUAGUUUAAAAAUGUGAUCUUGUGUAUGUUGUCUCAGAUGCCAGUUCUAUUAAAAUCUGUGAGAUCUGAUACAGGAUUUGGCUUGGUGAGUAAUUCCUGACCGUAGAGUCAUGCAUGAAGAUUUCUUUUAAAUUUUUAGUUAAAAUUCACAUGCUGAAGUUAUAAUGUAAGAGACCUCGAGACUGAGAGCAAUCUAAUUAUACAAAUGGGCUUAUUCAGUCAGACAGUCUAAUCCAGCUUCAGAGGAUAUCUGUAGCAGCAAUUAAGUAUUCUGAUCUAUGUUUGUCCUGCGUUCUUGGUGGUAUCCUCCAUGUAUUACAGCAUUGGUUGGACAACGUUAAACACUUAACAGGUGCCAGUCCUACCCUGCAUCAGUGAAUGGCUAAAUGGGACAGAAUACUAUUGCAUCUGGUAAGGUAGAGUCCACUUUGUAUUGACAGAGAAGACCUGACACAGGCAUCAGGAUUUUUUUACACUUCAUUUAUACCCUGCCUUUCUCCCCAUUGGGGACCCAAAGCAGCUUACAUCAU